AUGUCUGACGAGGAGGAAAUAUAGUAAGUAUUACAAUGCUAUACAGCUAAACAACUUUAUUUUGCAGCAGCGAAGAGGAAGAGGAGGAAGAAGAAGCCGAGGAGGACGCUCCAGCUGAAGAAGCCGCUCCAGCCGCCGCUCCAGCUGCCGCUGAACCCAAAGCCGAAGAGCCUGAAGCCGAGGAAGGGGAGGAAGAGGGAGAAGAAGGCGAUGAAGCGUAAGUUACAAUAACACCCUCCUAUACCAUCAAACUCUCAGUCCUCCAGCCGAGGAGAAGCCCCGUGCUCGACCUCCACCACCUCCAGAAGAGGAGCGAGAUCCCGCAACGAUGACUGAAGCCGAACAAGCCAUGUUGGCGGCCAAGAAGCGUCAAGAGGAAGAGGCAGAAGCCAAGAGCCGAGACUACGAACAGCGUCGCGUUCAAGAGAUUGAACAGAUUGCCAGAGAAUUGGAGGAGUUGAAGCAACGACAAAUUGAACGUCGACAACAGAGAGUUGAGGAAGAGGCUGAGUUUGCCGAACACAGACGUCAGGCAGAAGAGAGACGUCGUCAGGAAGAGGUAAGGGAAUAAGUCAUAAUGACCACACACUAACAAAAAGUUAGCUAAUCGACUUUGCAAAACCCAAGCCUCCCAAAUAAUUCCCCACCCUUCAUUUAGGAAGAGCGCAAGAACAAAAUCGAAGCCGAGAAGCGCCGUCGUGAAGAAGAGAAGCUGAAGCGUCAACAAAUGAUGGCCGGUUCCUUCGCCGGAUUCGGUGGAGCCACCGAAGGCGGCCGCAACUUUGUCGUUAACAAAUCCGCCGGAGGCGAACAAGAGGAAGGCGGGGACAAGCCGGCUGCCGGCCCCACUGGCCGUCGCGGACCCUCCAAGGAACAGUUGGCCGAGGCCAAGCGCAACUAUUUGGCCUCGAUCAACAAACCCCAAGAUCUCAGCAACGUGUUGCCCAACGACAUCAAGAACAAGAUCAAGCAGCUGCACGCGAGAAUCGUCAAGCUGGAGGGCGAGAAGUACGAUCUGGAAAAGAGACACGACCGUCAGGAAUAUGACGUAAGUGAUUGAUCAAAGCCUCUCGGACAGAAAUCUUGAUUUUUGAACGCUUUGUCAAUUAGAAUACAAAUCUUUUCAGCUCAAAGAAUUGGGAGAGCGUCAGAAGCAAGCUGCUCGUAACAAGGCCCUCAAACGGGGAGAGGAAGUCACUGAGGAGGUCGGAAACUUGCCGGUAAGAUGAGCGAAAAAAUGCCAUCCAAAUCAACAUUUUCAGUCCAAGAUCAAUGUUGCUUCCAAAUUCGACCGUCAAGUGGACCGUCGCUCGUAUGUCGAUCGCAGAACCAUGUUUGAGAAAGUAAGCCGGAUAUCUUUAUGUUGUAGCAGAUUUUUGACGUUAUUUUGACCGAAAAACGCCUUCUGAUGUAAUGUUUUGGAUAGAACCUGUUUACCAAUGUCGGAAUAAGGUGGAAACAGCAUAGACGGCUAUAUCUAUAUUCAAAAAAUUUUUUGUAGUCGAAAAGUGACUCCAUUUAAAAGUUCUUUAGCUGCGUGUGGUCAUAUCUAAAGCUCUGCUUUUCAAAUCAGUCACAGUUAACCCUAAUAUCCACUUACUAGGGAAGUGUACAAACGAACCCUCACCAAAUGGCAAGUGUUAUACACCAUCGGAAAGCCCUUGAAAAAUGGUGCAAGACACCAUUUUCAUUUUUUGCAGAAUGCCUUUCCGCGACGACAUACUGUAAAUUUCAUUAUUUUUAGGUCAUUUCGCAACAAAAAUCUUUCUUUCUCUUGAGCGGAUAAAAAUCCUCGAAGAGGGUUGCUUCAAUAGUGCAGUGGUUGCUGAGCAGGCUGAUAAGCCAAAAUUCGAUUCCCAGUCUGGGCAAAAACAUUUUGCGUUCUUACAGUUAGGAUAAUAUUUGAGUUAAACUUUUACAAGCGCUUUAAUUUUUCUAGAAAACGGUCGAUUACGGUUAAGACCAUCAAACUUACAUGUUUUUCAAAAUUAAAAAAAGUGAAAAAUGUUUUUUUCACGUUAUGGGUGCUUAAAACCAGUAAAUAUCAUAUGUAAAAUGGUUUUACUGGCAAGCGCCAAACUUCAUAAUGAUUCUUAGGCCAACCUAGUAGCAAUAUUUACCAUUUAGCGUUUUGAAAUAAGAUUUAUUUUGCCCCACAGCAGAUAUUGUAACUACUUAAGGGACAAAUCAACCGUUUAUAAUUUUUUGCCCUGAGGCAUUCUGCAAAAACUGAAAAUGGUACCUUUCACCAUUUUUCAAGGGCUUUCCAAUGGUGUAUAACACUUGUCAUUUGGUGAGGGUUCGUUUGUACACUUCCCUAGUUAAUUAAAUACAGGGUGUACCAAAUUCGGUGCCCGAUUUGAAUUGGCUAUAACUUCUUUAAUUUUGGGCCAAAUUUAAAAAUUUUUUUUCCCCUGUAUCCCCAGACAACCCCAUUUUGUCUGAUACCAAAUAUGUCAUACAUAGGUAAGUGUCAGCUACAGGUAUUGGAUUUAUUCUUGAAGUUCAUUUUUUGGUCGUUUUUCGGUUGUUUUUUCGGCCUUUCCCGGUGUGUCCGAAAAUGGAGUACGGUGUGGAAGAAAAAGCUUGGUCUGUGGUUUGGUAUGGCAAAUACGGUUCACCGAUAAAUGUUCAAAGGGAAUACAGGAUGAAAUACGGACGUAAGGCCCAACCCAGAUCGCAAGACAUUUUGGCGUUGGUGGAAUAGGUUCCUUGAGACUGGCAGCGUUAAGAGGACACAAAAAAAGCAGGAAAGAUGGGUACGAACGUAGCUGAAAAUGGAAGAAGUUUUGUCAAAAUUCCGAGAAAAUCCGCAUAUGAGUACACGAAGUUUGGCCAGAACCGAGGGAAUGCCUUCACCAAGGAUCAUUCGACGAACUCUGGAGGUUGAUCUUCACUUUUUGUUCUUAUUCUCAUCGUCGAUUUUCAGGAGGGGAAAUUCCAUCGUAUUUUUCUUCCGCACCGUACUCCAUUUUCGGACACACCGGGAAAGACCGAAAAAACAACCGAAAAAAUGAACUCCAAAAAUAAAUCCAAUAACUGUAGAUGACACUUACCUAUGUAUAACAUAUUUGGUAUCAGACAAAAUGGGGUUGUCUGGGGAUUCUGGGGGAAAAAAUUUUUUUAAUUUGGCCCAAAAUUAAAGAAGCUAUAGCCAAUUCAAAUCGGGCACCGAAUUUGGUACACCCUGUAUUUUUUUGGCUAGAAAGACUCAUCAUCUAUGACCUAAUUCAACCCUUCAAAAAUAAUCACCCUCUAUUUUUCAGCCCGUGGUCAAGCCCGCCCCAUCGAUUGCCCACGGCACCGGCCGUCCCCCACCGGAAUGGGGCCGCAAGAACAUUGAGGAGCUCGAGACUCUCCGCAAGAACCUCGAACCCCCCAAGUACGUGGAGCAGGUCAAGGCCGAGGGCGAUGCGGCCCGCCCGCCCGUCGACCCAAUCCCUCUCCAAAUCCCGGCCGACGACUUCGAACCCGUCAAAGAAGUAUGUUUAUUCCUGCAGUUCGGCACGCCGAGUCGCGCCGCUGACAAGUACACGCCUUACCGGUUGUGGUACUAGUUGCCCAGUUUGCCACAAAUAUUUACUUUCUUUACACUUUGCACUGUAAUUUUUCCCUCUAUCCUAACCCGAGUGAAAAUGGCGAAAGUGCGAAAAGAGUACUGGAAAAACAACUUUUUAGAAACCUUCAAAACAUAAGUCAUCCUUUCCAAAAAACCAGUCAUUUUGAUAUUUUUAGGACAAAAAUACUCCAUAGGAUUUAGUCACUUUAAACAUAUUUUUCGCUUGUUGUACAUAAAAUAGGUUCAGCUUAUUUCAUAAAAAAACGUCAAUUUAUAUUGACCUAGGGUAGAAAAUUACACUUUACCGAAGAAGUAGGGUAAUAUUUACUUGCGAAAUACGGUGAAAAUGAAAGUCUAGGGUAAAAUCAACAUAUUUUACAUACUUUUUGCAUAUUUUUAGGGCAAAGAGUUGCAUAUUUUUAAGGUCCAAACCUUGGUUGUUGGUUGUUCAUUGUUGACUAUGAAUAAACUCAUCCAUCCUUUGUUUGUUGAAGUGGAUUUCCUUGGUUCAUACCCAAAAUCUAUCUAUGCUAUCUGUUUCCUUCUUUACUAACACGAUAUUUUGUAUGCGCUUCCUGAAUUCUCUUGCUUUUUUAACGUACUUUCAACUUUCAGGAAGCCCCCGCCGACGAGCCCGCCGUUGAAGAAGCCGCUGCCUAA